AUGGCUCUUGGAGUUCUGUCCCAAAACUUGCUGAGGUGUGGAAAGAGCUGCAGGUUGAGAUGGAUAAACUACUUAAGACCAGAUGUGAAGCGGGGUUCAUUCAGUGCGGAAGAAGAGAGAAUAAUAAUUGAAGUUCAGAGAAUAUUAGGGAAUAAAUGGGCUCAGAUUGCUAAGUAUUUGCCUGGUAGAACUGAUAAUGAAGUUAAGAACUUUUGGAACUCCUCCAUCAAGAAGAAGCUCAUUGCACAGGCCUUCCAAUCCCCUACUCAGAAUCUCCUCAUCACCUCUCCCAAUCGAAGCCAUAAUACUAAUAUUUGUAAUAAUAAUAAUACCCAUGUUAACCCACAACCACGCUUGAUGUCAUUUGAAUAUCCUUCUAAUAAUUCACCAUGUUGUUUCUCUAUCUUGAAUCAAAUCUCCACUACGCCACCCUUGGAGAGCCAUAAAAAUAUCGUUUGGAGUGCUACUGCAACCACUACUGAGUCAAGAGAUCAGUUGGCAAGCCCAUCUCCAUGGGAGUACAUUACUACUCAUCAUGAUCAUCUUCAGCCUGGGAUCUUCACCUCUUCUCCAUUGACUCAAUCUGGGUUUGAAACGGCUUGGAUUUCUGGUGGCGGGUUUCAACCCAGGGAUCUACAUGAAGAGAAGAUGAUUAAGUGUCAAGGUUUGGAUUCUGAGAAAGCUGAUGUCUGCAGCAGCUCGAUGGGUGCUUUCCCUGAUGAAAGUCUUGAGUUCGAUAUUGAUUUUGUAGAAUUGCUAAACUGCUAG